GCACUCCACAAGUUUCGGAGAGAUAAAACUUAAUACCACUAUAUAAAUGGCAGACCAAGACAGGGCUCGGACUCGGACGGAAGAAUCCUUAGAAGCACAGUUGCGGUCGGCGUGUGAAGAAUGCCACGCGCGCAAGAUCCGUUGUGAACUGUCCGUGGCCACCGGCGGAGGUCGCUGCAAAGCCUGCGCGCUAAACCAACGACAAUGCCUCUUUUCGCUUCGAAAUAGGAUAGGGCGACCGCGAAAGCGGCCUCUUUCCAGCCCGUCCAAAUGCCACAAAGCGUCGUCUUCAUUACAACACCACCAUCCGACAGCGGAAACUCCCACAAGUGACCCCCCGCAAACUUCCCUGGCGCAAACGGGUCCAGCGCAACACAUGGGUAAGCCUUAUCAGCAGCGCACCACUGGGGGGCCCCUGCAGGACGGUCAAGCGCACAUGUGGAGCCCCGGCCACGCUGGAUGGAAUAGUGGGUCUACAUGGCAAGCACAGCAGCCAGGCCCUGUGCUUGCAUCACCUUCAGCAUCCUUUGAUAACUUUCUACCACCUGAUCGUCGUGGCUGGGAUACUGUCGGCCAGUUAAUCAUUGACGGGUCGGGUAUUGGUUCUCUGUCGGACGCCUGUCUCUCAGAUAUUGGGUCAGUGGGCGACUCCUUGCCGAUCGACCCGAUCGUUCUCCUGGGGAGUCCGGGGGCCCUGAAUGAGCUCGACGGAGAGGGGCGUAGCGGACCCGGAGACAAAGGGUUCUUGGAUGCGUUGAAACUUUACAGCGGACUGCAUAACAACUGCAAAUCCACGACGCUCGAUCUCCUCACCGAGGCCGGCCGGUACAAGGUGCAAGUAAUAUGCAAACUCUUUGACGAGCUGAGUCAGGCGGCAUUUACACUCCAGGACGAUACUUUGCAUGCGUCGCCGACAUUGCGUUCCGACAUGUCUGAGGCCAAGAUCAUCGCGGUCGCACUCAGCGAGGCAAUCCAGGUGUGCAUCGACAUUAUCCAGCACAAUUUCCAAAUACACCAGUGUACUGCUACAGCUCCAGAAAAUUGCGGCUCGCGCAAUCUCUCGGAGCAGCAGCUUCUUCUCCCUGCCAGACCUGACUCACAGAAUGACCAAGUAGCUGGAGCAUGCAUCUGCCUCGCCGGCGCCGACGAGAAACAAUUGGGCGUUCAACAGAACGGCCUCGAGCUCCUUAUCUGUUUGGAAUUCUUCCUGAUUCGGUUCCGCCAUGUCAUGUCCAAGGUCGAGUGCCUGGUAGCCAGCGCCGCACGGGGGAGUUGCGAUUGCUGGAUCAGCUAUGCCCCUAAAGUAGACGCUGCACGCUCGCAGGUCUCUGCACUACUGAAGAAAUUCCGCAACUUUCAAGACUGA